AUUGUGUCCCCAGCCCUCGGGCGUCUCUGUCCAACGCCCACGUCAGCAAAUACCUUUUGUUUCUCUCACGUUCGGGCUUCCAGGGUUUGGGGCUGCGGGACCAACACAUUGCCUCAAACCGCAAAGAGCCCCGACGCGGGGGCCGGGGAUCCCGCAUCCACCGCCUGCUCCUCUCGGCUAAGCGGCAGCGGCAGCCACCCGCAGAACCCAGCCGAGCAAGACUUCCUGUUAUUCCCUCAUUGGAAUGGAGAUUUCUUCCCAUCAGUUUCACCUCCUAGAGCAGUUAAAUGAACAACGGAAGCAAGAUUUGUUUUGUGACUGCAAUAUCCUGGUCGAGGGGAAAGUCUUCAAAGCACAUCGAAAUGUGUUGUUUGCUAGUAGCGGCUAUUUCAAAAUGCUCCUUUCACAGAGUUCGAAAGACAGCAGUCAGCCAACAAUAGCUACUUUUGAGGUCUUCUCUCCGGAGACAUUUAUGGUUAUCCUGGACUUUGUAUAUUCGGGCAUAUUGUCUUUAACUGGUCAAAAUGUCAUCGAAGUAAUGUCAGCUGCUAGCUAUCUGCAGAUGACAGAUAUUCUUAAUGUGUGUAAGACAUUCAUUAAAUCCUCACUGGACAUUAAUGAAAAGGAAAAGGAUCAUUACCUUAGCCUUUCAGCCAAACGUACAAACAAUGAACCUGCUCACCCAUCACUUUAUCGGUCAAGAAGGAAAGCAAAGAGCAACCCAACACGUUCCCAUUUAAUUCCAGAUGAAAAGGCAAGUAUGGUGAAUGAAAAUUCCUGGAGUAAUUACAACAGCUAUCUGUCUUCACAGAUAAGUCUUCAACGGCCAGAAAUGCAGCUAUCAAAAAGAGGCCGAAAAUUGGGCCCAACAAGGAAGCGCCGAAAACAUCUAGGACUGUCACAGACCCGUGAUUUUGUGCAGUAUAAAUCAAACAAAACUGAGCAGACUAGCGGAGGUUGUAAUGCAUCAGAUUCUAGCCACACCUCUCGGGCAAGAGAGGAAAUUCAAUUUGAUGCUGAGAAUGAUGUUGAUCAUGAUGAUUAUGGAUAUAAUCAAGAAUCAGAAGUCAUACCAAAGAGGUGGUCUGUUGCUCAGCUAGAACAAGAACUUUCAAGAAAUUCUCCUGAGUUAAUGGAAUUAAAAGCAGAUGAGCUGUACACGUCAAUGCCCACAAUUUUAGGUGUAAUGAGUAGUUGGAAUGAAGAUGAUCUACCUCGAAUGCGAUUCAAGUGCCCCUUCUGCACGCACACAGUGAAACGGAGGGCAGACCUAAAGCGUCAUCUUCGGUGUCACACAGGGGAGCGACCGUAUCCAUGUGAAGCAUGUGGGAAAAGAUUCACCCGACUAGAGCAUUUACGGAGCCACUUCCAAACAAUACAUCAGGCUGGCAAACUAAUAUGCAGAAAGUGCAAGCGUCAUGUAACUGACCUAACAGGAUGUGUGGUUCAGCAAGGAACAAGGCGCUACAGACUGUGCCACGAGUGUCUAGCAGAAGCUAGUUUUGACAAUAUCCCCGAUGAUCUAGAUGCAGAGCAUUCUCUUAUCACCUCUCCAGGAAACAAACAUUCCAAAUGGGCUUUGGAGGAAGAACAGAAAUCGGAUGAAGAGACAAUGGAGGAGGAACCAUAUAAUUUGGUUAUCCAACAUGUUGACGAUGAUAUUUCAGAUGAGGCAGAUGAAAAGAAAGUACCUGCUAGCUGAUACCUGUCAUUCCUUCAGCUGUGGAAAUGAAACAAGGAGAAUGUGAAGCCUAUUUUCAGUAAGUACUUAAUAAAUAUUAAAAAAAAAUAGAUGAAUAAAACUUACUUAGUGAAAUCCCAAUGUCCUUCUACCAAGUUCCAGUCACCAGUUUCAAAGCAAAGCAGUUUACUGGUGUCACUGCAGUCUGUGACUGAAGGCAUAAACAGGGCAUCUUAACACUUCAACAAGAUUAAAACUUAGCGACAUAAUUUUCUCUUCUCCCUUUUUAGAGGGCUGGGCAAAAGGAAAGCAGCCGCCGUCGCACUGCCGUCCCCCAACGGUCGCGACUCCCUCAGGCUCUGGAGAACAAAGCAGCCUCAACUCGACGCCCGAUUGGCUAAUCCCGGUCGCCUGACCCAGCCAGCCAAUGAGGUGUCGAAGCCGGAGCUGAGGGACCGGGCGUUCGGUGCGCGGCCGCCCUGGCUGCCUGCGCCCGCAGUUCCCAGUCGCUUUUAGGGGCGAUAAGGUGCGGAGGGAGAGGCUUAAAGCUGUUUAUUUGGAGCAACUUUAACCGGCAUGCCCCGGCCUCACUUCUCCACAGCACCCCCACUGCGGCUGGCAUCAAACCACCGAUGGCCUGGCUCCAUGGUGAGCAAGUGCUGGAGCCCUGAGGCUCCCUCUGAGGAAGAAAGUCCUGGGCAUGCAAAUCAUAAUAAUUUAUGCAUCAUCUACAGCAGGCAUUUCUUAAUUAUUACUGACACAAAAAUCUGUUCACCUUGCCAGAGAACAAAGCGCAAAUGUUAAUUUAUUAACCUCAAAAAUCCACUGGCCAAAAUUACUCACACAUGCACAUAUCUGUAAUUCUUUCUUAGUCCAGGUUUUAUUUCAGUAUUAAAGCUUUAUCAAAAAAUAAAAUGAUUUUAUCCCCCAUCUUCACAAUAAGGAAAUAAAACCUCAGUCUUCUCUGUUUAAGAUGAUUUUACAACAAAAUGAAGAUGAGAAGUUACCUCGGGAGGUGAGGCACUUGCAGCAUUUACCAGGAAAAAAAAAACAGGUCACGUCAGCCCUGACUUUGUAUUCACUGUGCCCAUCUCACGUUUAAAUAGCGACGGCAGAUGACACACAUUAGCUGUCCCAUGAUUUAAAACAAAACACACACUUUUUG